AAUCUCUCUCUUUCUCGUUGACCCCUUCUUCUCUCUCCUCCUUUCUUUUACUCUGAUAAAGUUGUGACCUUUUUUUUUUAAUUUUAUAAUUUAGCGGUUGAAUUUUAUUGUAUGAGAACAAAAAAAGAAUAGGGAGUAGUGUAGUGUGCUAAGCUUAUAAUUGUGUGUCUCUUUGUUAUAUGUGUAGCCAUUUUAGCUCAGACAUAACUACGUCAGGAUCACAACUUUUGUAAAGGAAAAGAGCCAACUUGGUUUCAAUUUAUAUAUAUCUCUCACUCUCGCGUGAAUCUCGUUUGUUUUUUCUUGCUACUGAUUUUGCUUUCCCAGAUCUCUCCAUUGCUCGUGAGGGGAAAAGGGUCUCUUUAUCUCUCGCUGUCUCUCUUGAUCUUUCUUUCUUGUACUCAAGAUUGGAUUUUUUUGUGUGGUUAAAAUCAAGAAAUGGGCUGUGGAGAAACCAGGUUUUCUUGAACACCAGUAUAAUUAUGAAGAGUUGGAGGUCAUGGGCAGAGUUUGUGCUGGGAGAUGAAAGAAAGACAGCGGUGGCGAGGUGAAGAGGAUGCUUUGCUGCGUGCAUACGUGAAGCAAUACGGGCCGAGAGAGUGGCACCUUGUUUCUGAGCGCAUGAACCAGCCCCUCAACCGGGACGCCAAAUCUUGUCUCGAGAGGUGGAAGAACUAUCUCAAGCCUGGCAUCAAGAAGGGCUCCCUUACCCAAGAGGAGCAGGCUCUCGUCAUUCACCUGCAGGCGAAGCACGGUAACAAAUGGAAGAAGAUCGCUGCUGAGGUCCCUGGCCGCACUGCCAAGCGACUCGGUAAGUGGUGGGAGGUUUUCAAGGACAAGCAGCAGCGUGAGCACAAGGAGAACAACAAGGUGCCCGAUCCCAUCCAGGACUCGAAAUACGACCACCUCUUGGAGACCUUUGCGGAGAAGCUUGUGAAUCCAGUCACAAUGCCGCCUACUCCCAAUGGCGGUGGUGGAUUCCUCCAACACACGGAACAGCCCUCGUCUUUGCCCCCAUGGCUAGCUAGCUCCAGCGCCUCGUCUCCAUCGGUCACUCUCACACUCUCUCCCUUGACCGUGCCACCAACACCCCUGCCACCAUCAACAAUCCCAUGGCUGCAGACAAAUGAUAGUAACACCUCUCACGGGCUGCUACCCUUUGGGGGGAUUGGUGCCCUUGCCGGGGACAACAACGGGCCUGUCCCGGACCUCAUUGAAUGCUGCCGGGAGCUCGAGGAAGGCCACCGAGCAUGGUCUGCGCAUAGGAAAGAGGCUGCUUGGAGGCUGAAGAGGGUUGAGUUGCAGCUCGAGGCAGAGAAGGCUAACCGGAAAAGGGAGAAGAAUGAAGACAUCGAAGCCAAGGUGAAUGCUCUACGGGAAGAGCAGAAGGCGACUAUAGAGCGCAUUGAGGCGGAGUACAGAGAGCAGAUUGCCGGUUUGAGACGGGAGGCGGAGAUGAAGGAGCAGAAGCUGGCGGAGCAGUGGGCUGCGAAGCACCUCCGCCUCACCAAGUUCGUAGAGCAGAUUGGGUGCCGCUCAGUCGCCUCGUCCGAUGCCCCGAACGCCAGAUGAAAGUGUGUACUCGGAUACUACAUAUACUAGAGAUACCAUUUCUGGGAAGAAUUCAAUAACUUUGUUUAUUAAGUUUAAAAAAAAACUGAAGAACUGCAUAGGAUAUUUGGACUGCCUUUGUAUUGGCUUUGGUUAACUUGGUUGAGGUAUUGUUAUGUUUCUCUA